CCAACGCGGCAACGCCGCACCCCGUCCCAACCCCCACACGGGCUCAGUAGCGCCGCACUCCAUCGGUUGCCACUUCUCUCUUCCCUCAGCACUACUACGCCAAACCGACGGCCGCCGCCUCCUCCUCCUCCUCCCCCUCAUGCCGCGCCGCCAUCGCCGCCGAUGGUCCCGGCGCCGAGCCGUCCCCAGCAGCCUCUCCACCUCGUCGUUGCGCCGCUGUGCUGGUCAAAGCUGGCGGUGUACGAUGAGGGCGUGGCCCAUGAGCACUGGGCCACGCCCGAGCCGCCGGUGGUCGCCCUCCUCCUCUCCAUUGUCCCACUGUGCCCAGUGGCAUGAGAUGCGGGUGUAGAUUAUGAGCAGUACAACCGCUGCCGAUGUUUACCGUGCUCACACAGGUCACAGCCUCCUGAGUCCUGACCUACUUAUUCCUUCUGCCGGCUGCAAUUCGUGUUUGAUUUAUGUGAGUUUUUUUUUUAUCUGUGCGAUUUCUAUUCGUCUCCCUUUUCUCUUUUCCGUUUUGGUUUCUAUCUCUCAGUCCGUCUGUGUAGUUCUAAACCUCUCAUAUUUGUAAUAUCUGAUUUUGUGUUUUCUCCGUUUUACGUGAUGAGUCGGUCGCUCAAUCGGAUUUACGUACCAAAUUGGGAUUUACGUACCAAAUUAUGUUGCGUCUAAUAUACCAAACUGGAGUAGUAUUAGGUGUGGGUUUUUUCGUGGAUGCGGUGAAAAAGAAAGAGCGACGGACAAAAAAAAAACACAUGAAAAGAUGUGACGAUUGGGAAAAUAUGAAUCUUUUUAAUUAGUUAUUAUUAUUAUUAUUAUUAAUAUUAUUAUUAUUAUUAAGAAAUAUCGUCAUAACGUUGGUACGGGCAUAUCAGUAGCUAGUAAACUUAACCGAAAUUUGUUGAAACUUGGCGGAUCAGUCAGAAAGGUGAAUUGCGGAGUUGGGACUCCUCGGGCCCAACGAGGUCCAUCCGGUUCGUGAACAAUCUUCCUGCCAAUAAUCCAUAUAAAUCUCUCCAUCAAAAGCCCUAAUUCAAUUGCCAGCGAGGGACUCAAAUCGGUGGUGGGAUUAUCGACAUCGAAAAGCUAGCUAGGCAGCUAAUUAUGGGAUCUGUGAUGGGCUCCCUCGCCCUCGCCUACCACGAUGCGAGGGAGUUUCGGAUGGAGACGAAGCGGAAGGCGGAGCACGAGGUUAACCUGCUCCGGCCGCCGGCGUUGCUGCACUGGGACGGCGGCGACGGCGAGCAGCCUCCGCCCCUCGACGAGCGGCGACGGAUCGUGCAACGCUGGAUCGAAUACGAAAAGCGCAAAGGCCCUCGCCGUUUCGAAUAUCUCCCAGGAGAGGAUGGUGCAAAUGAUGCUCGGCCAAAUGUCCGCAUCGCCCUCUAUUAUUACAACUGCAAUCAUCCGGGUGCUGAGUUCGAUUGUGUCAGGUCCCUGAGUGCUCAUUUUGCUUCUUUCAGAGGUGAAAUUUGGUCCCACGUCAACUUCCUGGCUCGCAGGAGGGGUUGUAUUGAUGCCCCCGUACUUCGCUUCUUCGCUGAGCUAUUCUACUAUGGCCCUCUCGUUGAAACACCCGUUGUCGUAUCAUGCAUCGUAUUACGGGAGGAACCACUGUUCGUCGUCAGGAGAAUAGAAGGUCUUCAAGAGCCAGUACACCACACCACUAAAAGGGAACUGUCGAUAACAGAAGAGCCAGGGAGAACAGAAACGGUUCAAGAGGCGCCGCUGGUCCAGUACAGAAGCAGUUGUGCGUUUUGCAGCGACCGGCAUUACGAGGUUUUGCACCCCAGCGAGGAGGAAUUCGUGUGUGGAAAGGAGGGCCAGGAAGUGGAGCCAUCCGGGUGGUUCUACUGGAUGAUGGACAUCGGCGGAAGGUUACCCGAUCGCAUCCUUGUCAGACCAAGAUGUUUUUUGGAUGAUGUGAGCGAUUUUUGCUCUUUCGUAUUUUAUGUAUUUUUCAUAUGGCUCGCCAGACUAGCGAGUGCAAUCAAAGUAAGUAGCAUAGGUUAGUUGAUGUACCAAGUUAUUUACCCGGCCCGCUCAAUCUACGGAUGAAAACGGAUUGAAAUUGGAUGGAAAUUAGCUCUAGCUGUAUUAUAUUCAUUUUCAUAUUUUUGGAAACAGAAUUGAAUUAAAAAUUCCCAGUUGAAUCAAAUAUUAUUGAAUACA